AUGAUGAUGCAGGCCAAAGCACUUGACCAGUCGAUGAUGGAAAAUGAUGGAAAUGGACGGAAGCAGAGGGAUGGCAGAGGAACUUACGACGGUGCCAGCUGCAAGCUAUCCAUCAGGGCUAAUUAUUUUGGUUGGCUGAGCGCCCUCAUGAUGUGUAUUUUUGUUAUUGGUAGCUUCAUAUCCCUGGUGUUGCUUCUGCUGGCUUUGCGAAAGAAUACCUUCCGAAUGGUGUCAGAAGAGAUUUCAUACAUCGACGCGGCAGCCCGGCGGGGGCAACUUCUGCUGCGAACUGCUGGUCCAAGAUAUUGGUGCAGAAAUGGUGAUGCAAAUGGGUGCUUCGGAGCAUGCCCGUGA